CCGUUCCAGCGAGUUCGUGAUAGUCCGCAUGCGCGUCAUAUGUAUACGGUUGCUGAGCAACGCGGCCGUGUUUAAGGACUCUGGUAAAACAAGCACGGAGUCUAUUCUGAGAAAUCAGGCAGCGUCAACUGCUUGUGAGUAUUGGAUUUCUUGGCCAGCGAUACAAACACGGUGCUGUGUGAUCUCUUUAUAAAAUGUAUCCUGUAAGAGAGAAUGAGAAAAUGAAGGAAGUAAAAGAGAUGUUGAUGCUCGCUGAGGAGAAACAUCAGAUCUUCAAGCAGCAGCAGCUGAGGUUCAUAGCAGCGCUGGAGCGAUCCCGAGAAAGUGCACACUGCCAGACCCGAUCUGUGUCUUCUAUCAGUGAGGUGCAGUGGUACAUGACUCACCACUGCAGCAAUUCCACAGACCAGCGGGCCUUCUCACUCUUCCUGGAACUCAUGUCCGAUCUCAAGGUGUUGUUUCAAAUGAUCGACUCUUUAGCAUCAGCCAAAAACUUUUCAAGUGGAGUUCUGGACACGUGCAGGAAUAUUCUCAGCCCUGAUUGUAACUUCAGCGAGUUACAGGCACAAUACCCGCAUGAUGUGGUGAAUCGUCUGAGUUGCACCGAAGCCGAAAACUACUACUCCGGGGUCGUCAGCGUGAUUCCUGUGACUCUGGACCUGCUCAGUAUGGCAUUCUCACAAAUGCUGCAAGUCAGAAACGAGCCGAUUUCUCAGACGGAUAUUACACAGAAAACAGCAGCCGUUCAUGAACAGAACACACUCACAAACGCAAGUGAAAACCCUCACUCGUCCAAGCAUUCCUACAAGGCUAUGCAUAAAGGAGCAAGUGGAUGGAAACCGUUAUGGAGGCCCCCAUGGCGCAACUGAA